AUAAUAAUAAUAAUAAUAGUAGUAAUAAUAAUGAUAAUAAUAAUAAUGAUAGUAAUAAUAAUAGUAAUAAUAAUAAUGAUAAUAAUAAUAAUAGUAAUAAUAAUGAUAAUAAUAAUAAUGAUAGUAAUAAUAAUAAUAAUAGUAAUAAUAAUAAUAAUGAUAGUAAUAAUAUGAAUAAUAGUAAUAAUAAUAAUGUACUGAGUAAGAACAAGGAUUUUGUGAUGUUGCAAUGCCUAGUCAGGUUGAAGCAUUUCGGUAAGAGGCACCCUAAGUAUGCGGACGUGUUGUUAGACUACGGCUUCUACAUGCUUAAUGUCGAUAGAGUUGAAAAAUCAAUUAAAAUAUACCAGAUGGCACUCGAUAUUAGGGUGGCUGUGUUUGGAGGUCAUAACCUGCAUGUUGCGAUCGCCCACGAAGAUUUGGCCUACUGCACUUAUGUUCGCGAAUAUAACAGUGGAAACUUCCAAAAUGCGAGAGAACACGCAGAGGCAGCCAUAAACAUACUGACACGUAUCCUACCACGUGAUCAUCUACUGCUGGCCUCGUCCAAUCGCGUUAAAGCGCUAAUCCUAGAGGAGAUAGCCAUAGAAAGUUUUCCGCGGGAGAAAGAGAUGAAGUUGUUGGGGGAGGCUGAGGAGUUGCACCUGGACUCUCUACAUCUGGCCUUGAAAGCGUUUGGGGAGAAUAACGUACAGACGGCCAAGCACUACGGCAAUCUGGGCAGGUUGUACCAGUCUAUGCAGAAAUAUGAGAUGGCAGAGCAGAACCACUUGAAAGCGAUCGACAUAAAGGAAAGGCUGUUGGGAAAUGAGGAUUACGAAGUCGCCCUGUCAGUUGGACACCUGGCCUCUCUCUACAACUACGAUCUGAAUCUAUUCGAUAAGGCCGAGUGCCUCUACCUCAGGUCUAUCGCCAUUGGUAAAAAGUUAUUUGGCGAGGGUUACAGCGGCCUCGAAUACGAUUACAGGGGUCUCAUAAGGCUCUACCAGGUCAAAGAGGAUUUUGUUAAGGUCAACCGCUACACAAGCGAGCUGAGGAAUUGGGCUUUGAUUAGGGAAAGACAAUUUAACGAUGGCGCCGAUGACGAUGACGAUGGCGUUUAUAAUAAUAGUAAUAAUAAUAAUAAUAACAAUAAUAAUAAUGUUAAUAAUGUGAAUAAUAAUAACAAUAAUAUUAAUCUUUUAAAUGCUAGUUACAAUGUCUGGCAUUACUCAUUGAAUAGGAACAUAGCGAACAACAACAACAAUAAGAAUAAUAAUAAUAAUAAUAAUAAUAAUAGAAAUUGUAAAAAUAAUAAUAAUUUUGACCAUGACGACGAUGACAGAAAUAUUAUAACUGAACUAAUAGAGCAGCUGGAGGCCUCGCCAUCUUUUAAGAAAGUUUUUGAGAAAUUCAACAACGCCCAUCUCUCUGACGUCACGGACACCCUAGAUGACGAUAGUAGUAGUAGUAGUAGUUGUUGUAGUACCGUAGCCAGUGCAAGAGAACAAGAUAUGGAGAUAUAUGAGAAAAGAAAGGGGCACGAGCAACUAGACGAGCAGCAGAGUUAA